CACGAAUUUGACAGGGUUAAAAAAAUAAACGAAAAUGGAAGAAGUUAAGUUAUUUGGAGUUUGGCCGAGCCCAUACAGUUACAGGGUGAUAUGGGCUCUGGAAGUCAAGGGUGUGAAGUACGAAUAUUUGAAAGAGGAUUUAGCUAAUAAGAGUGAUUUGCUUUUACGAUAUAACCCAGUUCAUCAGAAGGUCCCUGUGCUCGUUCACAAUGAGAAACCAAUUGCUGAGUCCACUGUCAUACUUGAAUAUAUUGAGGAGACAUGGCCACAUAACCCCUUGCUUCCUACUGACCCUCAUGAGAGGGCCUUAGCAAGGUUCUGGAUCAAGUUUCUAGACGACAAGAGCCCCACACUCUUGCGGUUCUAUUUAACUGUUGGAGAAGAACAAGAGAAGGCAACAAAAGAAGUAAGAGAACUGCUGAAAGUCAUUGAAGAGCAAGGGCUUGGGGAGAAGAAAUAUUUUGGUGGCGACAAAAUUGGAUUGGCCGACUUAGUGUUUGGAUUUAUACCAGUUUGGCUGGGAGUACUUGAAGAAUCAGCUGGUGUCAAAGUUAUGAAACCUGAUGACUUCCCUCGCUUGCAAGUAUGGAUUGAGAAUUUUAGGGAAAACCCCGUAAUCAAGGCCAACCUUCCUGAUCCUCUUGAAUUAUUGGCCCAUUCCAAGCAGAAAAGGGAGGUCCUUUUGGCAUCAAAAAUUGCAACUUAAAACUAUAAGUACCUGUUUGGAUUGCACUUAAUUUGGCGUUUGCGUUUUUUUUUUUUUUUUUUUUUUUUUUCACGCAUUAAGGUUGACUUUUCCACGGUGAAUAGUACAUUCAUGCACUGUUCACGGAUCCACAAUUCCACUUUUCAACAACUUUUUUAUUAAAAAUGAGUCCCACAACACUAUUCACACAUUUAAAAAUUAUUUUGUUACAGUAUUUUCAGUUUCAGCAAAAAUAAGCUUAAUCCAAACAGACCCUAAAUCUCUCUAA